AUGGACCUUACCUCGGCCGCCAUUCACGACGUCAUUCAUCCCACGGCCGCCUUCAACCAAAAUCGGACUCCCCACCAGCCUAGGUCCCCUUUGGAGGCGCCGUCUUGGAACGGUUCACAACUCAACCCAAAGAACCGCCUCGACAGCCUCGAACUCCCUCAACGAGCCUUGUUUAGGAUCGACGGUUGCACCGGUCUAGGAACUCAAUUCCAUGCUGUCCCGCUCUUCCUCCCCGAUUUGCCACCGAUGUGGUUCGAUGUGUUCCUCCCCAAGCAAGCCGUUGCGACCCCCGAGCUCUACGAUCUGCUAGAUAUGCACAUGGCCUUCCACACCAGGGACGCGUUGAGGGUUCGGCGGUUGGGCAUAUCAAUCUAUGUCGUGCGCGCUCUGCACUACUGGAUUAGCGACCGUGGUUAUGAAACAUACUCUGCUCUCUUCGAAGCGCUACCCUUUGGUUCCCGUAUCAUAUUCGACGUUCUUCACCUCGAUGUCCGUCGGACGAAGAUCUCGGUUGUACCCACGUACUACGUGGAAAGACAGCUGCUUGGGCUCUCCAGGCUGGAUCGAGACCUCGAUAUUGCUCCCGAGUUACUCCCCGAGGCUGUUGACAUCUCGCGCCUGAGCUUUGUCCAAAGGUUGCAAGACAGCGUCUGCCUUGUCCGCAUGCGUGAAGCCGGACAUGGUGGCACGCCUGGAAAUCUAUGGGUCUUCAAGGCGCUGACUAGCAGCACCAAGUACCUGUUCUUGGAGUUGCGCAACCUGCUACGCAUGAAGCCACACCCGAACGUCAUUUCGCGACCCGGCUAUCUUAUUACUAAGCGCUGUUUAUUUGGAGGCAAGACGGCCGUGAUCGGGUUUCUUCUCCCUUUUCACGAGCACGGCAGCGUCCGUGACCUCCUCCCACUGAUGCGUAUUCACGGUCAGCUGAAGCAAGAGCAACAGCUGCGGUGGGCUAGACAACUGACCUCGGCUGUACUGCAUGUCCAUACGCACGGUAAAAUGUUUUACCCAGACCUUCGACUCGACAACAUUCUCUUCUCCGCCUCCCAGAGCAUCAUCAUGGUGGAUUUUGAGCAACGCGGGGUAUGGUGCGAAUUUGCUAGUCCGGAGGUCAACGCAAUAGAAUACAUGCGCAUCCUAGCUAGUGACCCAGCAGACGAGACGGCCGGCGCCAUUCCAGAGAACGUUCGCGGCCACUUCGCCGCAAUCGUGAAUCGCCUUCUUCCGGAUUGGGGCACCCUGCAGUCCCGCGAAGACUACGCAACCCCUCGGCCAAAUGGAUACUCCAACUACAACAUUCCAUGGCUUGCUCUGGACGCCACUGAACAGGAGGCUUCCAUGGUGUAUAUGCUGGGUCGGGUCUUGUGGUGUAUUUUCGAAGGCCAAAGCGCGCCGGAGAACGCCACUGUCUGGCAAUCGUAUCGGUAUGAGCCAGACGUUGAAUUUCCAACCUUUCACUCAACGCCGCCCGAACUUCGGAGUCUUAUCGACCAGUGUACAAGAGGUAGGAGGGUUGCAUUGUCUAGCCUGAUCAUAAGAGAGGGUAGUCGGCUUGUCCUCCGGGACAAAAAAGGGGGCAGUGCUGCUGAGGUUACCGACACGGCCCGUGCAUGGUGGCAAGCAGAGGUCAAAGCUGCCGAGGAUUUUAUCAAGCUACGAGAAGAAUCUAAGAAGGAUGGGAGCUGGGACAGUAACUACUUUGGGCGGCCUAGGUUAGCUGACGUUCUGAACGAGCUGGAGCGGCUAAGUAAGAGCUAA